GGCUCUUCCUGUGUCGAGACUAAUAAUAUCAGUCACAAGGACUGGCUGGUGAGGAAUACAGCAAGAUUCAGCACCAGUGCUUCGUACACGGACCUCAAGCUCCUAAGCAAGAAUUUCACUGGGCUGGAAGCACUGGCUCUGCUUUCCCCAGGACAAGUAGCAGAACUGACUGUGGACCCCAGUGUCGGUGCACUGGACAAUGUGGUGAUAAUCAAUCAGGUCUUUGACAUGCUGCAGAACCCUUCCCAUGGCAGAGAGCUUGAGGAUUUCUUUACAAUGUUUGUCUUGGUCACAGCGCAGAGAAAUAUAACAGCCAUCUACAACACUGAUGUGAGAAUGGUCAUGCUGAACCGCACCUUUGCCGCCCUGAGUCCCGAAUUCCCAACCUUCAGUACUACCGAGUGGGAAGACUGGUUCCAAGUCAAACUAGUUCUGCUGCUGCCUAGUGUCAGUCCUGGUAUUCUGGCAGCUAUACCGAACAACAUCAGCUGUGAUUCCUACCAAGCUAUAAUCAAAGGCCUGGACCAUGCACUGAAAUCAUCUGAACAGUCUCACUUGAAUUCCAGCCUGUUGCUGCCACCCCCAAAAGGUUGCCCUGGGCACUUGGAAAAACUGGAUCUGCUUUCCCCAGAAGAGAUAAGCAGCCUGAUUCUGGACCCCAAAGUUGGCGCAUUGGAGAGUGUGGGGAUCAUCAAUCAGAUUUUCGACAGGCUGCAGAACGAUUCAAAUGCCAGAGAGCUUGAUCUCUUCUUUAUACAUUUUGUCUAUCUAACACAGAAGGAUAACGUGACAGUCAUUAAAAACACUGAUGUGAGAAUGGUCAUGCUGAACCGCACCUUUGCCGCCCUGAGCCCCGCAUUCCCAACCUUCAGUACUACCGAGUGGGAAGACUGGUUCCAAGUGAAACUAGUUCUGCUGCUGCCUAGUGUCAAUCCUGGCAUUCUGGCAGCUAUACCAAACAACAUCAGCUGUGAUUCCUACCAAGCUAUAGUCAAAGGCCUUGACAAUGUGUUCACAUCACUAUCACACGGACAAACUCAGGCUGUGUUUAAUUUCAUCAAGAGCUACUUAAUGCAGCCAUUCCCUGAAGGCUCUUCCUGUGUCGAGACUAAUAAUAUCAGUCACAAGGACUGGCUGGUGAGGAAUACAGCAAGAUUCAGCACCAGUGCUUCGUACACGGACCUCAAGCUCCUAAGCAAGAAUUUCACUGGGCUGGAAGCACUGGCUCAGCUUUCCCCAGGACAGGUAGCAGAACUGACUGUGGACCCCAGUGUCGGUGCACUGGACAAUGUGGUGAUCAUCAAUCAGGUCUUUGACACGCUGCAGAACCCUUCCCAUGGCAGAGAGCUUGAGGAUUUCUUUACAAUGUUUGUCUUGGUCACAGCGCAGAGAAAUAUAACAGCCAUCUACAACACUGAUGUGAGAAUGGUCAUGCUGAACCGCACCUUUGCCGCCCUGAGUCCCGAAUUCCCAACCUUCAGUACUACCGAGUGGGAAGACUGGUUCCAAGUCAAACUAGUUCUGCUGCUGCCUAGUGUCAGUCCUGGUAUUCUGGCAGCUAUACCGAACAACAUCAGCUGUGAUUCCUACCAAGCUAUAAUCAAAGGCCUGGACCAUGCACUGAAAUCAUCUGAACAGUCUCACUUGAAUUCCAGCCUGUUGCUGCCACCCCCAAAAGGUUGCCCUGGGCACUUGGAAAAACUGGAUCUGCUUUCCCCAGAAGAGAUAAGCAGCCUGAUUCUGGACCCCAAAGUUGGCGCAUUGGAGAGUGUGGGGAUCAUCAAUCAGAUUUUCGACAGGCUGCAGAACGAUUCAAAUGCCAGAGAGCUUGAUCUCUUCUUUAUACAUUUUGUCUAUCUAACACAGAAGGAUAACGUGACAGUCAUUAAAAACACUGAUGUGAGAAUGGUCAUGCUGAACCGCACCUUUGCCGCCCUGAGCCCCGCAUUCCCAACCUUCAGUACUACCGAGUGGGAAGACUGGUUCCAAGUGAAACUAGUUCUGCUGCUGCCUAGUGUCAAUCCUGGCAUUCUGGCAGCUAUACCAAACAACAUCAGCUGUGAUUCCUACCAAGCUAUAGUCAAAGGCCUUGACAAUGUGUUCACAUCACUAUCACACGGACAAACUCAGGCUGUGUUUAAUUUCAUCAAGAGCUACUUAAUGCAGCCAUUCCCUGAAGGCUCUUCCUGUGUCGAGACUAAUAAUAUCAGUCACAAGGACUGGCUGGUGAGGAAUACAGCAAGAUUCAGCACCAGUGCUUCGUACACGGACCUCAAGCUCCUAAGCAAGAAUUUCACUGGGCUGGAAGCACUGGCUCAGCUUUCCCCAGGACAGGUAGCAGAACUGACUGUGGACCCCAGUGUCGGUGCACUGGACAAUGUGGUGAUCAUCAAUCAGGUCUUUGACACGCUGCAGAACCCUUCCCAUGGCAGAGAGCUUGAGGAUUUCUUUACAAUGUUUGUCUUGGUCACAGCGCAGAGAAAUAUAACAGCCAUCUACAACACUGAUGUGAGAAUGGUCAUGCUGAACCGCACCUUUGCCGCCCUGAGUCCCGAAUUCCCAACCUUCAGUACUACCGAGUGGGAAGACUGGUUCCAAGUCAAACUAGUUCUGCUGCUGCCUAGUGUCAGUCCUGGUAUUCUGGCAGCUAUACCGAACAACCUCAGCUGUGAUUCCUACCAAGCUAUAAUCAAAGGCCUGGACCAUGCACUGAAAUCAUCUGAACAGUCUCACUUGAAUUCCAGCCUGUUGCUGCCACCCCCAAAAGGUUGCCCUGGGCACUUGGAAAAACUGGAUCUGCUUUCCCCAGAAGAGAUAAGCAGCCUGAUUCUGGACCCCAAAGUUGGCGCAUUGGAGAGUGUGGGGAUCAUCAAUCAGAUUUUCGACAGGCUGCAGAACGAUUCAAAUGCCAGAGAGCUUGAUCUCUUCUUUAUACAUUUUGUCUAUCUAACACAGAAG